AUGAAAUUACAAUUGACUAAGUGUGGCAUUUAUUCAUUUUAUUUGAUCAAUCUUAGAGAGAAGCCAUAUCCUCUUAUCUAAUAAUAAGGAAAUGAAAUAAAAAUAUUAUAAAAAUUAUUAAAUUGUAAUAUGAAACUUGAUCUCGAUAUUUAUCAAUGGCUUGUAAAAAUUAAUGUUUUACAAGAAUUGCCUAUCAACAAUUUAUUUGCUCAUGUUGAUUAAGCUUUGGAAGAGCAAUUCUUGAAUGGAAUAAUAGUUAGUCAAAUUCUUAAACAAUUUGAUUAGAAGAUUGAAGUUGAUGUCAAACAAGGUAAUAGCAAUGCAAUACGAUUGUUUAAUUGGAAUAAUGUAUGUAGAAGUUUACAAUAGAUUAACAUCACAUUGGAUGAUGAUAUCAAAAGUACUUAAUAUCCAUAUAUGUAGUUUCAAUUGUGAAAGGAGACACAUAGAUGUUGAUGCAGUUUUUGAAAGAAAUAAAAUAACAUUAUGAAAUGGCAUUUUACGUAGAAGAGCAAGUAAGUACAACAACUAGAUUUGAUUCACAAUAAAAUGAGCCUUAAGAAAUAAGCAUCGAUGAAAUUGAUCCUGAGAAGCCUCUUAAUCAAACAUAAUCCCUUUUAGAAUUCAUCAUAGUUUCCCUUUGCAAGCAUUUCACAUUAAAACCCAAAUAAGCAGUAGUCUUACUAAAUUAAAAUUAUAAAUAAUUAUCAAACAUCCUAAUUAAGGGCAACAAAAGUUUCAAGAGUGUGAUUAAUUGGUUGAUGGAAUUGUCUAAAUACAUAAAUCACAUUAUUAAAUUUGUAACUUACAAAAUAGAUAUAUUGUUGUCUCUACUUAAAGCUGGGUUGGUUUCACAAAACAAUGAAGUGUGUUAUUGGACAUUAUAUAUAAUCGAAGGAAUUUUGAUAAAUUUGCCAUAAAAAGAAUUACUGGAAGACGUAUAUGCUUGGUUAGUCAGAGAACAUGGAGGUUUAAUCGUAUUGAUAUUAUCAUAACAACGACAUCACUAAUAUUUAGAAUAAGUCUGUAAAAUAUACAGUGUCGUCUCUUAAUAUAAUGUUGUCGAUUUUUUCGAUGUUCAAUUAAGAAAAAUAUUGAAAUCUGGAAAAGAGUACAUUGAUUUCAUAAAUGGGAUCAUCUAAACAAUUCAAAUAAGAGAUCAAAUGUAAGAGCUUAACCUUUUUGAGUUAUUUGCUUCCCAUGCCGUCAAAUUAUUUGAACCUUAGCAUACUGCAAUGGAAAGAAUGACAGCUCUCAAAUAUUUUGAGCAUUAUUGGAUAUUUUAUCCUUAAUCAUUUGUUCUUAAACAAAUGGAGCAAUAUUUGUUGAACUCAAGAAAGGCUACUCGUGAAUCUAGUUUUGCGAUGAGAAUAUUUACUUAUCAAAGUUUAUUUAGAAUUCUGGACAAUUUGGCUCUCUAAAAGGACAAAUAUGCAGCUUUGUUGUAUAAGAAAUUAGUGUUUUCUCUUAUUGAAAACUUUGAUUAAAAAGAAGUAAGAGAGUUUUUGGUUGCUAACUUCUUAAUGCUAAUUAGAAAAUACUCAACUAUACCUAUAGAUAUUUUAAUCAUUCCUAUGGUGAAAUAACUUUAAAUUGAAUAAAACGAAGUCUAAAUUAAUAUUGUUGACUUUCAAUUGUUAAAAUCUGUUUGCACUCAUCCUAAAAUCGAUGUUAACAUGGCUAUUUUAAUGUUGGAUAUGCUAAGUAAAUUAUAUUUAAGUUCUAUCAUGUUUUAUUAAUUGGCAUUUCAAUAGAUCUAAUUACUAUUAACUAGAUUUAUUAAGUCAAAUUCAGUACAAGAAUUUACCUUUAACCUUGUAAAAAUUGCAAUAUCUGAAUAUUAUGGGAACUAUUAGGAACAUAUUAAAAGUAAUCCGAAAUCCAUUUUGAAUAGGAGUCCAGAUGAAAAUAUCAAAAGAUAAUAAUUUAGAUCUCAGAUUAUUUCUUUAAUUAAAUUUAUUAUUAAUCUUAGAUCCUUCGAAUUAAAUGAAUAGAUAAAACCAGUAAUUGCUCAUUUCUAUUUGGAAAUCUAAUAGGUAUAUUGAAUAAUUAAUAAUGAAUAGAAUUUGAAAACGGAAUCAAAAGCCUUAUUUAUGUUGCUGGGGCAUUUUGGAGAUCCAUAAGAAAUAAUUUAAGAAGAAUAAAAAAAAUAAAAACAAGUUAACUAAUAAUAACCAUAGCAAUCUAUUUUUUAAAGUUAAAUUGUAAAAUCUUAAUUGUAAGGAUCAAAAAUAUCCAAUGCUUAGUCAAACUUAAUUCAUCCAAAAUCAAAUAAAGGAACAAUUUCUUAAAAGGAUGAUCCAUUCAGAGAAUUAAGAGAUGAUGCAAAUAAACCGACUUUGACUAUGCUGGGAAAUCUAUCUUUAAAUUUUGAUGAAUAGUCAUUAUUGAAAUAAUUUGAACUACUUUGA